UAGCCGGGGCGGCCGUCGCCCCGCCCCCUGGCGGGGAUCGCACUUCGCCCCGGCUCUGCCCGCCGCCUCCCGCCGCCUCUGGAGAGCGCGGCGGCCCGUCGGGGUUUCCCCCGGCGCCGGGCGCUGCCGGAGCCGCCGGUCAUGAAAUCUUGGCCUUGAAACUGAACCUAUCAAGAAGGAGUCUGAGAACAUCUAAAUGUGAAGGCCAGCGUUUUGAAAAUGCUAAAAUGAGUUGCACAAUUGAGAAAGCCCUAGCAGAUGCAAAAGCAUUGGUGGAACGGCUAAGGGAACAUGACAAUGCUGCAGAAGCUCUUAUUGAACAGACUACAGCUCUUAACAAGCGUGUGGAAGCAAUGAAACAGUACCAAGAAGAAAUUCAAGAGCUUAAUGAAGUAGCAAGGCAUCGUCCUCGGUCUACAUUAGUUAUGGGUAUCCAGCAGGAAAACAGACAGAUUAGGGAACUGCAACAGGAGAAUAAAGAACUACGCACAUCUCUUGAAGAACAUCAGUCUGCUUUGGAACUCAUAAUGAGCAAGUACAGAGAACAGAUGUUUAGGUUGCUUAUGGCGAGCAAGAAGGAUGAUCCAAGUAUAAUAAUGAAGCUAAAAGAGCAACAUUCCAAGGAACUGCAAGUGCAUGUGGACCAAAUUACAGAAAUGGCAGCAGUAAUGAGAAAAGCCAUUGAAAUUGAUGAAAAGCACGGCUGUAAAGAGCAGGAACGUAUCAUUCAGCUUGAACAAGAAAACAAAGGCUUGAGAGAAAUCCUUCAGAUAACUAGAGAAUCAUUCCUGAACCUCAAGAAAGAAGAUGCAUCAGAGAGUACGUCUCUGUCAGGAUUAGUAACAAGCAGUGAUUUGAGCCUGAGGAAAAGCUAAAGGCUACAAAAGUCAGAAAGCUUCAAUUGCACACUUUACAAACGGAGUAUCAGGGGUCACUUGUCAAGCACUUGUUACUGAAUAGGGCACCAGCAAGCUAAUGUGUCUUAAACUUCAGUUUAGUGGAUUUUAUGCCAUGUGAAAUAAAAUCAGUAUUCUACAAAAAGCUUAGUGAUAGAUUAAUUGCCAUAGAUCUAACUUCAGUAGGAAAUGGAUUAAUGCACUUACUGAAUUGGGAAUUAUUUUUUUUAUGAAGCCAUUUAACAGAUAAAUGCCAAGAUUUCACAUAAUUUAUAUAAAUUACUGCUCAUACAAAAUUUCAUUUCAGCCGUGAUAAAAUGAAGGCAAGAUUUAAAGCCAGAUAUGUCUGGCUCAAGUAGUAAUAAUGAGCAUGUUUUGUGCACUAUCCACAUUACAUUUUUUCUUUUAAUAAGUUUUUUUUUGAAUUGGCAUUUUUUUUAACAAACUUGUAUAAUGGAAAGGGUGUGUAUUGCAACAUAAAACCUAAGGAUUUCUGCUUAGCUAGCUACAAGGUAUCCUAUUCAAAUGCAAGGGCAAUCAUAAGAAAGAUAAGCAAUGCUUUUGCCAUUAUUCAAUAUAUAUUUUUAAAACUUUGAAUGGGAUUCUUUAAAAUAAAUAUACCUAACUGCAUUUUUGAAACAUCAGAAGAGCUGGUCCCAUUCUGUUCUUGCUUUCUGGAACACAGGUGGCAUAGUGUAAUUCUGCCCUAACUAUUCCCUUCCAGAGAAAACCAAGCUCAGUUCUCUAUAUGUAAAGAAUCACAUUAGUCCCAUCAAUUUUAUCUCUGAUUGUCUGCCCAAAUUCCCUAACUUGGAAACAGCAAUUUGAAAACGCCCAAACUGUUGCAGCAGAAAGGUAUUUGAGGGAAGGAAGCAGAAGCUCUAUGGUGAAGUUGGCAGCCUGGGUGCCUGCCACCAAUGCUAUUAAUUUCUCUUUCAUAAGUACUAAAUAGUCUUCAAGAAGAUUUUUAGGUAAGUUUCAGGUGCAUGUUAUGUUUUCACUAGGAGAAGUUUCAAUAUGCUAUAUUGACAAUAGACUGCUCGUUUUUAAUCCUGAAGUACCUGCACAAGUGAAAAGGAGUUGACACCAUUGAUCAAGUUGUAGCUUCUAUCAUAUGCAGAUACUAAAAAGUACUACACAAGGUUUGCAGUAAAGAGGUGCUGAAAUGGUUCCUAUUUGGCUUUUUUUUUGUCAGACUAUUUCUGUUCCUUGUUCAACGCAGCAAGAACAUUCCUAACUAAUAUUGAUGUAUAGCAUCUUUUUUUGUCUAGCAUGUUAAUGUAUUUUCAAUUGGAACAUAUUUACAAAGAAACGUAAUGAAGGCUUUCUUACCACAGAAAAUUGUUGAUGCAUGAAUGACAUCCACAUUUUGGCUGCUUAACUCACCUAGCAAAAUGAGUUGGACUCUCUGAAAUUAAUUUUCAUGUAAUCAGAUUUAAUUUUCAGUUGCAACAAUGCAAAGACAAAUUAAGCAAACAACAUUAAAGUGCAUCAGUUUUAAAUAUAACUUCCUUUGACUCAGUAUAACUUCCUUAGGCUUAAGAUGAAUACACUGCAAGGUCUAAUUUUCAGCUCCCAGUGAACUAGUUCACAGGAAGCUUAAUAUUUUUGUUCUGGUGCUGUUAAUUGGGCCCCCCUUUCCUAUAGUGCUUUUAAGAGAAAAAAGUGGAGUGUUUAGUAGAGGCAGUAAAUGCCAGUUUUUGAUCAACUGAUGUGUGUAUUGGGAAAUGCAGUAGUAAUAAGACCUCAGAAAGGACAGCUAUAAAUCAAGCUCUACAAAUAUCUCCAACAAUUUCUACAAUUAGAGAGACUGCUACUUCUUCCAAAAAAUCUUGGCUUGUUUCUAGGUUUAAGAAUAUAUUGAGGACAUUCAUGCUCAUGAAAAAAGUUUUCACCCUUUUCCUUUAACCCUUUCCAAACUUCCUAAAACCUUUUAGGGAAAUGUGGGGUGAACAUUCUAGCUCAAGCACAAAAUCUACUUGUCUGCUGUGACUGCCUGUAAAACUUUCCCAAUGCUUACAUACUUUAAAUUUUGCAUUUCUACUGUAGCUUGCAAGCUGGUGACUUACCAGAAGUGACAUUUUUAGAGGCGUGUGUUUUGUUGUUGCAAACUUAAGAGAAAUUUUGUUUUCAAUUUAAGGGUUUUUUUUGUUUAAGUGUCUUUUCAGCCAUUGACUGUCAAAGAUGUAUCCAUUUUAUGCUGAAUGCAGUUUCAUGACUGACUUUCUGGUUUAUCUUUCAAAUGCAGUCUCCAGAAUCGUAUAGCAGAGAGGGGUUGUUAGUCUGUGGCAGUUCUUUAAGGUUGCUCUAUUAUGAAAUAAUGCUUGAUUAGUGUUUAUUUUUGUAAAUUAAAGAAUGUGACUUAAUUUAUCUACUCUUAGUCUUCACACGUUUGAUACGUCUCCCCUUUUGUUUCCCUGACCCUGAUCACUUUAGGAUUUUAAAGAACCUUCACAUGUGUGGAGUGACUAUUUUUCAUUGCAUACCUGUUAUUUUUGUAAUGCUGAUGGCUUGAAAAGAAUUUAUGGCUACAAUUGUGUACUGUACAGUAAACUUAUUUUAUCAAUAAAGUUGACUGAAAAUUUG